AUGCCCACUCAAUACUUGUUACUCUUCUUCCUUGGUUUGGUGGUUCUCACCACUCCUUCCAUCGCCGAUCACACCCGUGAUGUGGUGGGGGAUGAGGAGGAGCAACCACCUCUUGUUGAUCUGUCUGCUUUUCCGCAGAUGGAAACAACGGAGGAAACAGUAGCACCUAAGCACAAGGUAGAAGCACCAGCACACACUCCUGAGGAAGAAGCAGAACUAAUGGAGGAAGCACCUAAGGACAAGCACAAACACAAGCAUCCCCCAACACCACCACCAGCAGAAGCACCUCCGACGACGCCGGAGUCGCCGCCAGGGUCACCAACGCCACCUGCACCAGAACUUAAAAGGAGAACUGAGUUAUUGGAGGAUGCACCAAAGCACAAGCACAAGCAUAAGACCCCCCCAACACCACCACCAGCAGAAGCACCUCCGACGAAUCAGCAACCGCCGCCGUCCCCAACAACACCAGCAGCACCAGCACCAAAGAAGGGAAAUGAAAUGGAGGAGCCUCCAAGAUUCAGGGGUAAGCCACUAGCACCGCCACCACCACCCCUAUCACCACCAACUCCAAGUCCAAAAUCUCCACCGAAGCAGAAUCCACCAAAGAAUGCUCAGCCUCCUCCACCACCACCAACUGGCGCGCCAAACCCAAAAUCUCCGCCAAAGCAGAAUCCACCAAAGAGGGCUCAGCCUCCGCCACCGCCUAUCACUAGUUAUGACAUCUGA